UCGAAGAUGACGCACGAGAACCAAUCAUUCCCGUGCUCCACUGCCGUCCUGGCCAAUAGGAGACAGAUAGUUUUUGGUGGCUCUGUGAUGUCACUCACAGGUGAAAGUGGGGACGGUUAGGGCUGGCUCUGCAUGCUGAGUGUGUGUGUACGUAUGUGUGUGCGCGCUGUGUCUCUGUCGGACGCAGGAGCGCGCGGUAGCGACGUGGACCGAAAUGAAAGUCGCGCGCCACCGCCGAUCGUGGAAGCAUGUUGGAGUAGAAGGGCGCGUGACGAGCGGAUGAGUGCACGCACCCAAUACACAUUGGUCUUUUUUUUCGAUUUGACCUCGAGUGCCUUGUUGUAGGCUUAUUUUUUGUACUAUUUGUUGUUUUUGUUUGGGUUUUUUUGCUUUCUUACGCGCGCGAUGGCCGUGCGCAGCAGCUCCUUGAUGCCUUUCUCUAUUCAGGCCAUUUUAAACAGAAAAGGGGAGGAAGAGGAGGAGGAAGAAGAAGAAAAAGACGAAGAAGGAAGGCGCCGUCUGAAAGAGCUGGACAUGUGUUUUUCGAAAAGCGCGUGCUGGAAAAUAUUCGGAGGAACGAACGAGGAGGAGGACGACGCCCGUGAGGACAGGGGGCAGAGGGAGCGGGAGAGAGCGCGCUUGGCGACGAGCCACCACAAGAGUUACGACUCAGACUCUGGGCUCAGCGAGGACCACCACCACGACCACCACCACCUCGACGAUGAGCGCGAGGCGAAAAGCAGCUCGGGGCGCGAGCAGCGGGACGGCUGCGACUCGCGCACACUGGACGAGAGCUUUCAGGACGAGACGGACCGAGAGUCCACGGCUGCGGAGCAAGUGCGAGAACUGAGCGACUGCGAGCUCUUAGUCAGCGUGUCCGACUGUAAUAACGCGGAGGAGAAGGUCUCAGAGCAGCCCGUCGGAAAGCAGCGCAAGAAGCGCUCUCGCGCAGCUUUCUCUCACGCGCAGGUGUUCGAGCUCGAGAGGCGCUUCAGCCACCAGCGCUACCUGAGCGGACCGGAGCGCGCGGACCUGGCGGCGUCACUGAAGCUGACGGAGACGCAGGUGAAGAUCUGGUUCCAGAACCGUCGCUACAAGACCAAGAGGCGCCAGAUGGCCGCGAGCAGCGCCGCAUCCGCCGCCGCCGACCUGCUGCUGCCCGCCGCCAAGCGCGUGGCCGUGAAAGUGCUCGUGCGCGACGACCGCAGGCAGUAUUCUCCAGGAGAGCUGCUGCUGCUGCGUCCUCCGCCGCUCCUCGCGCUCCAGCCGCCAUCUUCUUCUUCUUCCUCCCCUUCCUCAUACUGUUACUACUAUCACCCGCACGCGUACUGUGCGCCCGCCUGGACCCUGUCCGCGUCCGCGUGCGCCGGAAACCAGUGA